GUUUUAAUGCAUUUCAAUGUCAAUAUAAAAAGCAGACAAUCAGUCAGUCAUUGAAUUGAACCACAAUUUGCUGUGAAAUUCAGUCAAACACUUCCCACUCUUCGGUCCAAAUCUAACCAUAUAUCCAUAACAAUGGUUCGCAAGUUCUUCGUCGGAGGGAAUUGGAAAAUGAAUGGCAAUAAAGGCCUCAAUAAAGAGAUCAUUCAAACGCUGGUCACCGGACCUCUCGAUGCCGGCACCGAGGUUGUGGUAUCGGUUCCCACCAUUUACUUGUCUGAAGUGAGGACUGCUUUACCGAAAUCGGUGGGCGUUUCGGCACAGAAUGCCUACAAGACAUCGAAGGGUGCCUUCACUGGAGAGAUCAGUCCAGCGAUGCUUAAAGACAUUGGCAUUGAUUGGUUAAUCGGAGAAAAAGUUGGUCACGCGUUGGAGGAGGGCUUGAAAGUGAUCGCUUGUAUUGGCGAACAGUUGGCCGAAAGAGAGGCCGGAAAGACCACAGAUGUUGUGUUUAGACAAACACAAGCCAUCGCUGCUAAGGUAAAGGACUGGUCGCGUGUGGUGUUGGCGUACGAACCCGUUUGGGCGAUCGGCACCGGGAAGACCGCAUCGCCAGCGCAGGCACAGGAAGUGCAUAAACAGCUGCGCGAAUGGAUUAAGACGAACGUAUCGGCCGAUGUGGCCGACAGUUUGCGAAUCAUUUACGGCGGAUCCGUUACCGGCGGUAACGCCAAAGAGUUGGCUCAGGAGCCCGAUGUGGACGGCUUUCUGGUCGGCGGCGCUUCACUCAAACCAGAGUUCGUUCAAAUAGUGAACGCAAAAGUUUAAGUCUAUAUAAUAUAUACACGUUAUAUAAACGCCAGGAAUUGCUUUUAUUUUUUAUUUAAAUAUAUGUUUUAUUAGGAAUUUACUGAUUAUAUAUACACUAAUUAUUUAAAAAUGCAAUUGUUAUUUAGUCCAUAGGUUUUUGGGUCUUAUAUAUGAAAAUGUUUACGAUUACUGAAUGAAUCUAACGGUUAAUUAUUGUCUCAAAUGUUUAACUCAUAUAAUUGUAUCGGAAUAUAGAGCCGAUAGUGUAUUGAAUGUUAUGUAUUGUUUGGAAAAAAAUGUUUAGAAAUGUUUUUGUUUCGGAGGAAAUAUAUUUAAAAUAAAAAUAUAGCAACAAUUUUAUCCACAUCUCAGACGUGU